AUGACCAAUCUGUCGCUAUACACGGUUCGCGCCAUGAUCAUCCUCGAUGGCGAUGGCAACAGGCUAAUUGCAAAGUACUACACACGAGGGCAGGCUGAGCAGAGCUACCGAAGCGUUAAGGAACAGAAGAAGUUUGAAAGCGAGCUGUUUGCAAAGACGCGCAAGACUAACGCCCAGGUUGUUCUCUACGACGGGCAGACAGAGAACGAGCUUUUGCUGCUGUCAGCGCUGCAGGGCUUCUACGAUGGAGUGUGCCAACUGGUGAAAUACGACUUGUCCAAGCGCAAGGUUCUGGAUAACUUGGACAUGGUUGUGCUCGCCCUGGAUGAGGCCAUAGAUGACGGGAUCGUGCUCGAGACUGAUGGCAACGUCAUCGCUUCCAACGUGUCUAAGCGGGGCGUCGACACAAUUGACAUGUCGCUGUCUAACCUCAACGAGCAGACGCUGAUUGAUGCAUACAAGCAGGCCAAGGAGCGCUUCAACCUUGCGAUGCUCAGAUGA